CUUAAUUCAUAAUAGUGAUCCAAGGUCUCCAUCAAAAUCACAGCGUCACAACAGCGAAUGACCCGCGACCAAUCCUAAUGAUUUAUGCCUUAACUUAUCACAAACACUCGCUUAUCACAUCACAUCGGAUAAAGGAAUCAAUACGCGUCAAUGCAUAGGUGUUACUGUCCUCCAAAAGAUAUAACAGAAUUAUUAAUUGUACACCUUUUAUUUUUAUUUUAUUCAUGACUCAUUUUUAUUAAAAAUAACUUUUAAGGGUUAUCGAGACUUGUGAAGUGUUAAUAUGUAAAUGUGAUUUUGGAGACGAUACGUGAAAAGUAAUAAUAAUAGUUGAUGUGAGUGCAGUGCAGAAUAUUGGUGUUUGAGCGCCGAUGGCCGCCAGAGCCCGGCGCUAGAUCGAUCCCGCAGCCGGCUCGCCGGCGCGCCUCUUGUCCGAGAGGGGUGGGUCGCGCGGGGGGCGCGGCGCGGGGCGAUGCCCGCCCGCAAGGGGCUGCUCGCGCCCCAGAACACCUUUCUGGACACCAUCGCCACCCGCUUCGAUGGAACACACAGCAACUUCGUGCUGGGCAACGCGCAAGUGCCGGCAUACCCGAUCGUGUACUGCUCGGACGGGUUCUGCGAGCUGACGGGCUGGGCGCGCGCGCACAUCAUGCAGAAGGGCUGCGCGUGCAAGUUCCUGCACGGGCCCGACACCAGGGAGGAGCACCGGCACGAGAUCGACGCCGCACUAGAUUCCAAGCAUGAGCUCAAAUUAGAACUUAUUUUCUAUAAGAAAAAUGGUACUCCCUUUUGGUGCUUACUCGACAUCGUUCCAAUUAAGAAUGAGAAACGAGAGGUGGUUUUGUUGCUCGCCUCGUUCAAAGAUAUCACCAACACCAAGAUGGCCGCCAUGAGCACUAACGAGGACUUCGACAGCGGAGCCGCGGUGCGGCCUUCGGCUGGCGUGGUCACUCUAGCGUUAUCCCCAUUUGUACCCGCAGCGGCACUCUUGGGCGCCCGGUUCCGCGCUGAAUCUAGUUGCCUACUUCCAGACCCGAAUGGCAAUGUUGACCCCGAAGCGCCUUCGCCCGCCAACAUGGGCAGGCGGCGCUCGAGAGCGGUUCUUUACCAGCUUUCAGGACAUUAUAAACCAGAUAAGAUGAAAACAAAACUUAAACUCAACAAUGUUAGUAAGAAUCUCUUACACUCGUCGGACCCACCGCUUCCUGAAUAUAAAACUUCAGCGAUAAAAAGAUCAAGGUUCAUAAUUUCUCAUUACGGCGUGUUCAAAACGUUCUGGGACUGGCUCAUACUGAUCGCCACUUUCUAUGUAGCCGUAGUGGUUCCGUACAACGCCAGCUUUGUGGACGAGGGACAUCCCAGGAUUAGUGUCACCAGUGACGUUGUGGUGGAAGCUUUAUUUAUAGUUGAUAUUGUACUUAAUUUUCGAACGACUUUUGUAAGUAAGAAGGGCGAGGUGGUGUCGGACUCAAAGGCCAUAGCUUUAAAUUACAUCAGGACAUGGUUUGUGGUGGAUCUCCUGGCCGCUCUACCGUUUGACCUACUUUACGCGUCCGAUGUAUACAGUGGGGCGGAAUCUACGCAUGGGAACGUGCAUUUAGUGAAAUUAACCAGACUGCUGCGGCUCGCUCGAUUACUGCAGAAGAUGGACCGGUAUUCGCAGUAUUCCGCACUCAUUCUCACGCUGCUCAUGCUGUCCUUCACGCUCCUGGCUCACUGGCUUGCUUGCAUUUGGUUCAUCAUAGCUGAAAAAGAAAUAGAACAUCACAAAAAUGAAGUCUGGGAUUUAGGAUGGAUUAAUAACCUCGCAGACAGAUUGAAGGUGCCCAUACCGAAUAUAUCGCACAGUGAGAGCUAUGUGACCGCACUAUACUUCACUUGCUCUUCCCUCACGAGCGUGGGCUUUGGAAAUGUGUCCGCUAACACACUGCCUGAGAAGGUCUUCAGCAUAAUUACUAUGUUGAUUGGAGCGCUAAUGCACGCCGUGGUGUUUGGUAACGUGACCGCCAUCAUCCAGAGGAUGUACUCCCGGCGGUCUAUGUACCAGACCAAGUGGAGAGACCUGAAGGACUUCCUCACCCUGAACCAGGUGCCCAAGGAGCUAAAGCAGCGCAUGCAGGACUACUUCCAGACCAUGUGGUCUUUGAACCACGGCAUUGAUAUACACGAGACGCUAAAGGAGUUUCCGGAGGAACUGAGAGGCGACGUGUCGCUUCAUUUGCACCGGGAAAUAUUAUCACUUCCUAUAUUCGAGGCGGCCUCGCAGGGCUGCCUCAAGUUGCUAUCUCUACACAUCCGUAACAACUUUUGCGCACCCGGUGAAUAUCUCGUGCAUAAAGGAGAUGCGCUCACGUACAUUUAUUACAUUUGCAACGGCUCUAUGGAGGUUAUGCAAAACGAUAUGGUCGUCGCAAUAUUAGGCAAAGGGGACUUGGUCGGCUGCGAUAUGAAUACCCAUUUACAAGCUUACAACGGGACGGGACCAUCCCAGGCUAAUAACCCUGAUGUCGUCGUGAAAUCAAGCAGCGAUGUAAAGGCUCUAACAUACUGCGAUCUAAAAUGCAUUCAUAUGGGCGGUUUAGCUGAAGUACUCCGUCUGUACCCUGAGUACCAACAGGAGUUCAUCCACGACAUCCAGCACGACCUUACUUACAAUCUGAGGGAAGGCUAUGAGGCUGAGCAGGAGUCGGACGGGAAUGGUCACCCAUCCCUAACUUUACCAUCGAUAUCGGAGGAUGACGAGAACGCAGCCGAGGACAGCGCGCUGUCGCCAAAGAAGAAUACAUCUAGUACCAAUAGCCCUAGGCAUAAAUUCAGAUCGGACGGAGCACAACGGUUGACACACCGGGAGUUACGUGAAAGGAUAGAACGGCAGCGGUCGGUGGCGACGCCCAAGAUAACCAGGUCCGACUCCUUGGAAGGCCUGAACCUGGAGAUGCACAACACCAGGUCGUCGGUGGAGCGCUUGGACACGCAGGUGUCCAGUCUGCAUCAUGACGUCGCAGCCCUCAGCAUGGAGGUACGCCAUGCCAUCCAGGCGCUGCAGGAGAUGACGGGCCCACCCCCCGGAUGGCACGCCGCGCACUCUAACCCCAACCUCCAGUGGAACGCGCCGCCUAACCAGCUCGCGCGCAGUUGCAGCCAUCCGCCUGACGUCUUCUGCUGGGAGCAGGAAAGACCAGUAACGCCAGAGAGACCAAAGACGAAUAAAAGUACACAGACCGAACCAUUCUUGCAUUGUGUAACCCAAUACAUAGUAGAACACCCUGCGACAGUAAUGCUCCUGCUAGGGUUGGAUCCGAUGGCCAACCUCACGCCGGUCAUGACGCCGACAGUCGAUUACUACGACCCACGGAGUCGGAGGCCCAGCGUCUUGGAGCAAAUAGUCGAGUCAGAGAACGGCAGUCAGACACCUUCGAGCACCACCAGCGAACGGUUUGAACCGACUAGAAGCCUCAGCGGUAGUGCCAAAGAGUUGAAUACGCAGCCCGAGCUAAGGAGACUGCUGGAACCCGAAAAUGCAGGCUCGACCCUGAGACGUAGCAGGCACUCGACCAGUGAUCUUUGUGACCCCACAGAGAGGCUCCUCGCCGCUAAAUCCCACCCGAGCACCCGCAGCCUCAAAUUCAACAUCAACAGUUAAGAUGAUUCCAUUUUUGAACACAUUCUGCUCAUUAGUCGUUACUACCUAAUAGAUACUAUACUAGUUUUAUAUUAAUUCUAAAGUUAUUCUUUUAUAAUGCUAAUUAUUUUUAAUCGUCCUUUUUGAGCAUGUCAUUGUUAAUAUUUUAUAAUUUUAUACAACUUCGUGAUGUUUAUACUUAUUAUUAUCGUGUUAAUUUUAUAUCAACGAAAUACUAUCUAAAUAAAUGAACAAGUUGUACAUAUCAUACUUUAUUCUUUGAUUAGGGCUGGACUGGAGCGUGUCACGCUAUUAUAUCAUCAGAUAUUUUUAUUAUUUAUUAUAGAGCCUGAUGGGAAGCAAAAAUAUCAGUAAAAGUAAAAAAGGCUAAAAAUCAUUUUCAGUGUUCAAUAUUUAUGUAGUUUUUAAAUUACUUGGAAAAAUCAGUAGAGGUAGGUACUUACCUAAUUUAUGGUUACCGAAAAACUAUUAAUUGCAGUUCGAUCUUGUUAUCAAAUUUUGUGAUCAUAUCAGUGUCUGUGUCUGUGUACCAAUAUUUGUGUAAAGUAGGACAAUACUAAAGUAAUUAGUUUAAAAGGUAGUUUAAGUGUUUAAAUAAAUGGUACUACAUAAGGGGCAAAAAUGAAAACCACUUUUGAUCUCCUAAAUGUUAUAGUUAUAAGUGAUUAAAUAAAAAGAGAUUAAAAUUUGAAGCAGUCUUCCUCUCAACGUAGUUUAUUUAAAGUUUUGAACUCUUCCGAAUCUGUGUCAAACAAAGUGCCAAAAAUGUUUAAACAUAACACAUUCUUUACAUUCAAUAUAUAUUAUGUACCUAUAGGUACGUACUUACUUUCAUUAUGAUUUAUUAAUCAUGAAAUACUUAAGAAUGAAAAGUUUUUGUUUAUAUUUGUUAUGUACUUACUUGAAUCGACUUUACUUAUUAGAGGCAGAAGUUAAAAUUAUAUAGAUUAUUGACUAAUUAACGAAAUCAUUAAAAUAAUUUUGGAUGUUAUAUGAAUCAAUUAAAGUUCUUUCUUAAUUAGCGAAAGUUAACGAUAUAGGCUUUUUGCAUUGAAAAUAAAGUGAAGUUGUAUCUACAAAAGCUGUUGUGGGUGAAUUUCACGAGCGUUUUGAACGCCGCCGUGGGUUAUCAUUAGUGUUUAUUAAAUUGUACCAUACACAGUAAUCAGUUUAAUUAUCUUAUUUUAUAAAUAAGUAAGGUUAUUUAUAAAAUAUGUUAAUUUUAUAAAUGUUUAAUUAAAAAUAUAUAUUCUUUAUAAAAAAAAAUUGCGACACUAAUGAAACGCUACACGCCGCGUUCAAAAAGUCGUGAAAUUCAUUCACCCUUAACAAACUUGAACAUGAAGGCUAUUUUCAUAAUUUUAGAAUUAGAUCUAAGCGUUUAAUUAAAUAUAAUGCUUCAAUGUGCAGUUUUCUGUUUAAAAUAUAUUUAUAACUCACAUCAGUUGUGGUAAAUGUUUCACAAUCAUAAAAAAAAAUAUUUCCAAUUUAGAUCAUGUUAAAAAGAAGGACAAACAAUAUCGAUAAGCUUUUACUCCAAUCAUACCAUAUCAAAAUCAACAACUACCUAAUGAUACUGAAAAUAUAAUAAAUUACAAACCUCCACUUUUUGAAGUAGGUUAAUUUUCAAUGUUCAUUUUUUUUUAACAAAAAGCCUGACUUGUAAAUAUAUUUAUUAAAAAAAAUUGAGAUACAUAUUUAAAAAAUAAAUGGUUAUUAUGAUGUGCAAUUAUUAUAUGUACUUACCUAUUACAUAUGUAGGCAUUUACUAAGCUAUAGUAAACAUACGCCAUUGCGUAUGUAUACUAUAGCUUAUUUAAUGCAUUCAUUAAAAUGUAAUUUUAAAAUAAUUUCCGAGCAAUAUAAUAUCAUUGUUGUUAUUCAUAGAGUCAAACGUUUCUAGUUAGUAAGCAAAUUAAUGGCAUUUUGAUUCUUAUUUAUGUCCGCUUCCUCUAUAUACCGUUUGACUAGGUAGUAAAACAUAGUAAACCAUCUUGAUAAGCCUUUUAAUUGAAAUUUGCACUUUAAAAAUCCAUAUUUGCAAUUUUAUUAAUCGUAUGAAAAUUAAUUCAUUUACGAAAUGCAAAUGUAUUAUUUUCAAUUGCCUUAUUUUCAAAGUGCAUAUUUCAAAAAUAUGUAUUUUGAAGAUGGGGUACAUUUAUGGAAAUAUCUACCUAAACAUUUGGUAUAACUACAGAAAUGUGUCCUUACCUUCAUACUCAGGAACAAGGAACUGACUACGCUAGGGUGUGCUUCAGCAGUAUUAUUAAAGUUGUAUGAAAUGGUAAGAGUUUAAAGCAAUUUUCUCAUAGAGAAAUGGAUAUCAAAAAUUAUCUUUGAUAAUAAUUGUUAUAAGAACGGAAACGCUUAUUAGAAUAAUUGAAUAAAUGUGGUGUACGUUGUAUAGAGCCCACGAUGUGAUAUGAUAUUGAAACACGUGCAGUGCCUAAAUUCUUAUUUAUUUUAUCUUAAACUUUUAUCGAAAUCUAAACUAUUUACUAAGUACGCGGUGUGAAAAUGCGUAAUAAGCAAAUUUUGUACAUAACAUUAUUAGAAAUCUUUAUCUUGUAGUACAAAGUAUUAGUUACCUUGAAAUUUAAUAAAGACAAAUGGAUGUUGAA